CGGACCCUCCCCCUCUUAGGGUCACGUGGAGGGGGAGGGGGGUCGGUUGGGGAGAUAGCCCCUGCUCUAUGGGCUCUUUCCCGCCGCCUGCUCCAGCUCUCCCUUCAUCCCCAGACAGACAGAGGGGUGGUCCCCAGAGUUCCCCGUCUCCAUGAGCAUGCUGUCCCCCUGCUCUGUCUCAGGCUGCCAUGGAGCACCGGGGGCUGGACCCCCGACCAGUGCAGCCGGCUGACCGGGCGGUCCGCAUCCGGCACCGGAGGACCAAGCGGGAGCGAAACCAGGCGAGGGCCGGCAGGGGCCCCGGUGCCGGGGGUCCCCGGGCGCCCCGCGCUCGGCCAAGGUGCUCGCUGGCCCACAGGGACCCGGCUCUGGGCCCCCCCGCCCCCCAGCCUGUGGUCAUCACCCAGGGUCGGCUGAGCCGGGCACACCGGGGUUUCCUGAGCAGUGAGGUGAAGUCCCUGAAUGUGGACCGGCUGCUGAGUGGCCUGGCGGAGGAGGGGAGCAGCCCCCCGGCCGGGGAGGCCCCAGAACCCACAGCCGCCGUCACCACCCCGCACACUCCCUGGGGAGAAGAGCCCAGCCCACUGCCAGCCAAGGGCAAGGAGAAUGAAGCCCCGGGAGAGCCCAGCCCGGGCCCCCCCAGCCCUCGCACCCUGCUGGAGGAGCUUCAAGUGCAGCUGCAUCUUCCUGGGGCCUUCCCCAGGCGCAGCCUGGUCCAGGAGGCCCGAGCAGAGAUCAUCGGGGCGCUGCUGGCCCACUACGGGGAGCUGCCCGACCUCAGCCAGGUCCUUAGGGGCCUCCGGGAAGAGGGAGCAGGGCCAGAGCCUGAAAUCUCAGAGGAGUGGAGGAUGGUGCCCCGGGAUCGAGACCACACUGAUCCGCAGGUCUGAUGGAGAGCAGGAGGAGGAGGAGGAGGAAGGGGAAAAGGGAACUUGUGUUUACCUUGGGGGCCACCCCGAGCCCACCAUCCACCGAGAAGAGCCUGGUGCUGCCUCCGGACCCAUGGGUGCCCACACCCUCACCCCCACCCCCACCCCUUGGACCGGAGCGUGGAGAUUCGACUUGGGGCCCCCAGACAUCAUUCGAUGUCCUGAAGAGCAUCUGGCUGCCUGCUACCCCACCGACGUGUGCCCCACCCUGGCAGUGGGGAGCUGGGGGUGCUCCCCACCCACCUGCUUGCUUCCCCAACUCAGAGGCCCUGGACUGGAGCCCCAGCCCCCCAGCCCCAAUGCCUGGACUGCCUUGGUUUGUGUCCAGGAGCAGCCCAGAGCCCUGGACCUUCCCCCGAAUGCGGCUGUACUGAGGGCAGGAGCCCUCCCCAAUGUGCCCCCAUUUAGGACCUUAUUGAGAGUAUUCUCAUCUCUGGGCAACGGCAGCGGGCAGGGGAGAAUUAGCUCCCGUUCCCUCUCGGUGCUUUCAUGUUCAAUAAUUUCAAUAAAAAUGUAUGAAGAGCUCACCAUGUAAAA